AACUUCCUGAAAGAAAAAAAAAAAGAUGCGAACAAAACAACCUGGAGGAGCGAUUCAGCAGGGAAUCUACUGACUUUUGUUUUACACUAUUGACUGGAUAAAAAUCGCGUGUGGAAUUAAAUAUCCAGUUAUUAAAGUGUAAUUUGGUUUUUCGGCUUGUAGAAGCUCCUCAGUUCAGAGAGUUUUGCGUGAAUCCCUGCGCUAACAGCAUGAAUGUCGAUGCUGCUCAGGCAGCGCCAAGCGGAGCGGCGAGUACAAACUCCUCCUCAACCCCGAGCAGCAGCAGCAGCACGAACUGCGUCCCGAACAGUAACUCCAGCGCUAAUGUCAGCAGUUUACCUCCAACUGGCAGCGCUAACGUUCCGACCUCAGCUGCUAUGGCAACACCAUCAUCGGACUCGUCUGUGUCUAAUGGGCUCUACGUGCCCACGGGAUUGGCCAACGGGGAUGUGAAGCCUGUUAUCUCAAGCACGCCACUGGCAGAUUUCCUGAUGCAGCUGGAAGACUACACACCCACAAUCCCCGAUGCAGUUACAGGAUAUUAUCUCAAUCGAGCAGGAUUUGAAGCGUCAGACCCCAGGAUAAUCCGUCUGAUCUCAUUGGCUGCUCAGAAGUUUGUCUCAGACAUUGCUAAUGAUGCACUGCAGCACUGUAAAAUGAAGGGCACUGCGUCUGGAAGCUCCCGGAGCAAGACAAAGCAGGAUAAGAAGUACACACUGACGAUGGAGGACCUGACCCCAGCUUUAUCCGAGUAUGGCAUCAAUGUUAAAAAACCCUACUACUUCACGUAAAAAAACAAACGUCUUGAAACGAACUGCUGAAAGUAACAUGGCUCCAUCAAUAGGUAUCCAAACUGUAGAGACAUGACUUUUUAACAGUGAAAGCCUUUGGUCCAUGUGACUCAGAGAUGAUUAUGUGCUGUCUUUUCAUUGAUUUUGCAAUUUAUUUGAAGGUUUUUUUUUGCUGAACCAUGAAUGUGAUUCAUUACACAUUUGUAAUAUUGGAUUAGUGGAAAUAAACAGAAUUUGUCACUUA